AUGGUUGACCCUACUCUAGCAGAAAUGGGAAAGAAUCUGAAUGAAGCAAUGAAGAUCCUCGAAGACAAUCAAAGAAAAGUGGAGGAAGAAAAUGAAAAGAAGUAUGCACGGAAGGAUAUUCCUGGACCACUCCAAGGCAGUGGCCAGGAUAUGGUGAGCAUACUUCAGUUAGUUCAGAACCUAAUGCAUGGAGAGGAAGAAGAGGAAACUUCACAGACCUACCGACUUCAAAAUGUUGGUGAGCAGGGUCACAUGGCUCUACUGGGACAUAGUUUGGCUGCUUAUAUAUCAGUGCUGGACAGGGAAAGACUGAGAAAACUCACAACAAGGAUCCUUUCUGAUACUACUCUCUGGCUCUGCAGGCUUUUCAGGUAUGAAAAUGGAUCAGCAUAUUAUCAUGAAGAUGAUCGUGAAGGUCUCCUAAAAAUCUGUCGACUUGUUAUUCACACACACUAUGAAGAUUACACAGUAGAAGGAUUUAACGUAUUAUAUACUAAGCAGCCUGUCAUAUACAUGAGUUCUGCAGGUAGAAGUGGCUUGGGCCAAGCUCUCUGCAAUCAGCUAGGGUUACCCCUUUCUUGCAUGUGCCGUGUGCCUUGUAACACCAUGUUUGGAUCUCAACAUCAAAUGGAUGUUGCUUUGUUGGACAGAUUGAUUAAAGAUGAUGUUGAGUCUGGAAAACUGCCUUUGUUGCUUGUGGCCAAUGCUGGGACACCAGGUGCUGGGCAUACAGAUAAACUUGGCCGACUGAAGGAACUUUGUGAGCAGUAUAAUAUGUGGCUCCAUGUUGAAGGUGUGAAUCUGGCAACUUUGGCUUUGGGCUAUGUCUCCUCUUCUGUACUGGCGGCUACAAAAUGUGACAGCAUUACUCUUACUCUGGGUUGCUGGCUGGGUCUCCCGGCUGUCCCUGCAGUGACGCUCUACAGGCAUGAGGAUCCAUCUUUGUCCUUAGCAGCUGGGCUGACAUCGAGUCAGCCCGUUGAGAAGCUCCGUGCCCUGCCGCUGUGGCUCUCCCUGCAGUACCUGGGCCACGAUGGAAUUGUGGCGAGGAUAAAGCAAGCCUCACAACUCAGUCAGAGGUUGCUGGAAAACUUGAAAAACCUGGAUUUCAUUAAAACUUCGGUUGAAGAUGAACUGAGUUCACCAGUGGUGGUUUUCAAGUUCUUCCAGGAAUAUUCAAAUAGAG